GCCAGGUCAGUUGUCCCUCCACACCUAUUCCUUUCUAUAUUUCAAUCCAUGUCCCUCCCCAAACGCAUUAUCAAAGAAACCGAGCGUUUGAUCGCAGAACCUGCUCCUGGAAUCAGCGCAACUCCACACGAAGACAAUCUUCGAUAUUUUGAUGUUAUCAUAGCUGGACCGGGACAAUCACCCUUUGAAGGUGGUGUCUUCAAAUUGGAACUUUUCCUUCCAGAAGAUUACCCAAUGGCACCACCCAAGGUCCGUUUCUUGACCAAAAUCUAUCACCCUAAUAUCGAUAAGCUUGGACGUAUUUGUUUAGAUAUUUUGAAGGAUAAAUGGUCACCAGCUUUGCAAAUUCGCACUGUUCUCCUUUCUAUACAAGCACUGCUCUCUGCACCAAACCCUGACGACCCGCUCGCCAAUGAUGUUGCUCAACACUGGAAAGAGGAUGAGAAAGACGCAAUCAACACUGCUCGUGACUGGACGCGCCUGUAUGCUCAAAAUUGAAGAAAUUAAAAUAAAAUACAUAAUUUUGUAUAA